AUUCCCGGAAGUUUCUCCAGGCUCGCAGUAGCCUUGGGUUUCGGCUCCGUUUCCCAGGGUCCCCAGCUUUAGAUCUCUGCUGUAGGGGCCGCUCUGAGCCGGGGCUGGCCAUCCCAGAGGAACUCUAGAGAGAACAGGGUCAGAGGGAGCCCAGCUUGUCCUGGGGAACAAACCUCGUUUUAACUUCGGGGUCAGGGCAACUUGCUGCGGGGGAGGGAAACUGAUCGGUCGGGGCUGGCUGUCAGCUGGGGGAAAUGGACUAGCGUGGGCUGAUGAGAUCUUCCCCAGGCCCGGGAGACUCCUUCAGAAGGUGAACCGUGGGGCGACCGAUGACCGCUCCCGAUGCCGGCACGUCUCCUCUGACUAAGGAUAGGCCGUGGCUUUCCCAGCUGGGAGUCGGCCCUUGCUGGCUAGUCCGGAGAGGGGCGGGGAGAAGGGAAUCAAUCAGAAGGUUUGGGCCGGCCCCCACCUAGGUAGGGAAACCAGCCGGAAUCCCUGCUCCCUCGCGUGGGGUGAAGCUGACGUCCGCGGCUGGGCGGGAGAAUUUGUUUCUUGACUAUGGUCACUUAGAGUCGUUUCAUUUCCCCGACGAUAGAAGCGGCAAACAGCAGCUCCUCAGUAGCCCCAGGGAGCCGGCUUUCCCGGUAGUUGGGGAGGUAGAGAGCUGAGACUGCCCUUCGUUUGCAGGGCCGUCAUGACGUCUUGGCGGUUCUCUCUCAAGACUUCCCUGUCACACCUCAGGGGCUUUGAGGUCGGGCAGAGAGCUUGUUGGCGGAGAUGGCACCAUGGGCAGCUUCUGUGCCCACCCAAUUCCAGGAUCUGCUGGCUUCUCCUGGGCACUUUACCUAAGCUCAUUUUGACUUCAGAAGGGAUGGGUAGGGGGUCUCCGGGAAGCUCGGGUGCCCCCCGGAAUGCCCCUGACCGGGUCUCAUUGGCAGCCAACAUUCCUCGAGCUGGGCUCCUGAAAGACCUUUUUCUGAACUUGACCUUUGGCCUCCGAAUGUGCUACCGGGCCUGUGUCCUGCUGGUCAGAUUUACCCCGCUUCUGCUCUUCUACCCUCUCACCUAUCCGCUGCACAGCUUCUCCCGCAUCUGGCUGAAGUGGCUUUUGAUGGCCACGGAAUCCUCAGGCCCCACGUACAUCAAACUGGGCCAGUGGGCCAGCACCAGGCGAGAUCUGUUCUCCGAAGAGUUCUGCAGCCUAUUUUCCCGGCUGCACGUCCGAGUGGCCCCGCACCCGUGGGAUCACACUCAGGCCUUACUCCAAAAGGUGUUUGGGGAGGAGUGGGGGCAAGCCCUUCUCUUUGAGAGUCAGGAGCCCGUGGGCUCUGGCUGUGUGGCCCAAGUGUAUAAAGCUUUCGUGGACACCGCCUUCCUUGACCGGGCCUGCUUCCAGAAGCUCGUGGAGGCCUCUAGGGGCACAGCCUCUUUUGAAGCCUGGGAGGUGGCGGGAUUAGGGAGGCUCUUGGGAUAUUGUUGGAAGGAGCAAAAGCCCAAAGGGAUGUUCACAGAUCAAGCUUUUCUAGAAGACCUACUUCUUCCAAUGUCCUACCUGACUUCAAAACAGAGCCCAUCCUUUUCCUCAUCUGCUCACUGUCCACCUGGGCCAAAACACCUCAUCCCAGCAGCUAUUAAAGUGCUGCAUCCUGGGCUCCUCUCUCAAGUCCAGGUAGAUUUAGUACUGAUGAAGACCGGCAGUCAAAUCCUUGGACUCAUUCCAGGAAUCAAGUGGCUCAGCUUGACUGAAAUAGUAGAAGAAUUUGAGAAGCUCAUGGUCCAACAGAUUGACUUGCGGUACGAAGCCCGGAAUCUAGAAUGCUUCCAAAACAAUUUCCUGGAUGUGAAGUUUGUCAGGUUCCCAACCCCUCUGCAGCCCUUUGUCACCAGAGACGUCUUGGUGGAGACAUUUGAAGAGAGUGUGCCUGUGUCCUAUUAUCAGAAGUCAGAGAUUCCUACAAAGCUGAAAGGCAGAAUAGCAAAGCUGGGGAUAGACAUGCUUCUGAAGAUGGUGUUUGUUGACAAUUUUGUCCAUGCUGACCUUCACCCUGGGAACAUCCUGGUCCAAGGUGCAGACUUUCUUAAGGAGAGCCAAAAAGGCCAGAAGAACCUGGUGGACACUUCUUCCCCACUGAAGCUUGUCCUCCUGGAUGCAGGCAUUGUGGCAGGGCUGCAGGCAACUGACCUGCAGAAUUUCCGUGCAGUCUUCACAGCAGUGGCGAUGGGGCAGGGGGAAAAAGUUGCUGAGCUCAUUUUGCACCAUGCACGAGCUAAUGAGUGCCAGGAUGUGGAGAAAUUCAAAGCGGAGAUGGCGAAGCUAGUGGCCCAGGCCAGGAAGAACACCAUCACCCUGGAAAAGCUUCAGGUGUCUAACCUGCUGUCCAGCGUCUUUAAGCUCCUGAUGACCCACAAGGUCAAGCUCGAGAGUAACUUUGCCUCCAUCAUCUUCGCCAUCAUGGUGCUUGAGGGGCUCGGCCGCUCACUGGAUCCCAAACUGGAUAUCUUGGAGGCAGCCAAACCCUUCCUCAUAAAGAGCUCACCGCUUCCUGUGUGGCUGCAGUGGUAGGGCAGGGGGGCACCUGAGCCUCCCCGAAGGACAAAAGAUGCAGAGCUGGCCCAUCCUUCUGGUUCUGAUGGAUGCCAAGAAGGCAAUGCUCGACUCUGAGACAGAGGACGUGGCCUGAAUACCAUCAGCCAGAGCCCUGCUGCUGCUGAGGAGGCCAGCAGAGAAGGGAAGGAUCCUCGCCUUUACCCCACCUUCCCCCCCAACCCCCACACGCACUCCUAGGCCUGGGCUCAAGGUCCAUGGCAGCUACAUGGAAAAGCAAAGUCCUAGACUGGGCCUCAGGAGGGACUGGAGUACGAAUCCUACCUCAGACCUGGCUGACCCUGUGCCAUUUACUUCCCCCUUGGCCUCAGUUCUCUCAUCUGCAAAAUAGGGAUAACUGUAUCUACCUCACAGGGGUGUUGUGAGGAUCAAAUGAGUUCAAACCUAAAAAGGUAUCUGCCUCCCUGCUAAUCAGCUGUAACCAUUAUGUUAUUUCCUGAGUAGGGGUGCCCUUGUCAGAGACCACUUGUUUAGCCUUGAGGCUAGGCUCCUCCCUGGGGCUCAGAGAGCUGCCCUUGAAGCCAGGACCACCUGGAGGAAGUCUCCACCUGCUUUGGGGCCUGAAGUUGAGAUGACCUCAACACAUCCUAGCUGGGCCACCCUGGGCCAGUCACUUCUCCCGCCUGCUUGCCUCAACUGUAAAUGGGGGCAAUAAGAUCACCUACCUCACAGGAUUGUUGGGGAAAUCCAAUGAGAUGUUUGCAAAGUAGCAUGGUGUCUGGCACAUAGAAUAAUUUUUUAAAAAUCCUUACUUUCUGUUAGUAAGACAGAAGGGCAAGAGCUAGACAAACAGGUCAAAUGCCUUGCCCAGGUCACCCUGCUAGGGGCCAAAUUUGAACCCGUGUCUUCCCAACUCCAGAUACUAUAUCCACUGUGCUGCCUGGCUGCCUCUAUAAUAAAUUAAAGUAUCCUUUUCUUCCAAUGGCCCCAUACUCUGCCUGCUCUUAAAGAAGAUAAAACAGGAAUGAAGAGAAGCCAAGGUUGUUUGGGCUUGUUGAGAAUUCAUCUUUGGCACCUGUGAGCCUGUAAGCUCUGGGAAGGCAGGACUGGAAUGACCUAAAUUUGUAUCACUUUCAUUGCAAUGGCUAAUUUCAGUCCCAAAGUACAGGUUGUGGAAUGAACUUUCCCCACUCUGGGUGAGAGAGCUGGGAGACCAUGAGAAUAGUCAUGCAUAUUUAGACAAAUGCUGCUUUUUUUUACUUGGCUAUUUUUCCUUGUUACAAAGCAUGUAUGUGACUGUAGGAGUAGGAGCUUUUGGGAUAUGACCUUGAUUCUGGUUUAAAAAAACAGAAGUCUAAAAAAAGCUUUAAAUUGUAACUCCCAUUACCUAGCAUGGUGCUUUCUGAAUAGCAGGGACUUAAUAAGGGCCUUGUUGAUGAACUGUAUAAUUGCAUAACGCCAUAUUGGUUCAACUAUGGGCCAUGCCUAUUGCCCUACCCGCAUUCCACUCGAUGGAUGGUUUGUACAAAACCGUCAUUAGUCUAUUAGAUGUUCUUCCCAAGAGAACAAUUAAGUUGACAAAGAUGAAGUGAACGAUGAUAGUAAUGCAGAAAACAUCUUUAUCUGAAUGAAAAAAAGUGUAAAAUAAACAUUUAUAGUAAACAUUUUUA